UCCCCGCCGCGCAGCAUGGCCGGGCUGGGCGGCGGCCCCGCCAGCUUCGGGCGCUGCACGCACGCCGUGGUGCGGGCGCUGCCCGAGUCGCUGUGCCGGCAGGCGCUGCGCAGCACGCCGGGCCCCGAGGUGGACUUCGCCCGCGCCGAGCGGGAGCACCAGCUGUACGUGGGCGUGCUGCGGGGCAAGCUGGGGCUGCAGGUGCUGGAGCUCCCGGCCGACGAGAGCCUCCCCGACUGCGUCUUCGUGGAGGAUUCGGCCGUGGUCUGUGAGGAGACGGCGCUCCUCACCCGCCCGGGUGCGCCCAGCCGCAGGAAGGAGGUUGAAGCCAUGAAGAGAGUACUCGAAAGUCUCAACCUCAAUAUAGUAGAGAUGGUAGAUGAAAACGCAACCUUGGAUGGUGGAGAUGUCUUGUUUACAGGCAGAGAAUUUUUUGUGGGGCUUUCCAGGCGGACAAAUCAGCGUGGUGCAGAAAUUCUGGCUGACACAUUUAAGGAUUAUGCUGUCUCCACAGUCCCUGUUCAUGAUUCUUUGCAUCUGAAGAGCUUUUGCAGCAUGGCUGGACCAAACUUGAUUGCUAUUGGAUCAAGUGAAGCUGCACAGAAAGCCCUCAAGACCAUGCAGCAGAUGAGUGACCACCGCUAUGACAAGCUGACAGUGCCCGACGAUGCCGCAGCAAACUGCAUCUACUUAAACAUUCCCAGCAAAGGCCACGUCCUGCUGCACCGAGCCCCUGAGGAGUACCCGGAGAGUGCAAAGGUUUUUGAAAAACUGAAGGACCACAUGCUGAUCCCAAUAGCCAAUACAGAACUGGAGAAAGUAGAUGGGGCACUCACCUGUUGCUCUGUGCUUAUUAACAAAACUUCAGUAUUAUGAGUUUACAGAGUCCCUCCCUUGUAACUGGCAAUAAUGUUACACACAAGGUAGACGAAUCUGUAUCCACACUUUUGUUGUUUUUAUUGACAAUCUACUGUACCACUGUGCUACUAACCCUUGUUUACAAAUUUCUUGCUUUCUGUAUUUUCAUUAUGUCCUUGCAGAUGGCAUUUAAGGUGGAUGUACGGUCUGUUGGGGGGCACAUAACUCUGAAAUAUGUUAGUCCCAUGGGCUAGCAGAAGACAAUUAAUAAUGGCUAAUCCCUAGCUUUAGUGAUUUAACAUAUCCAUGUGAAAAUUUUAUGAAAACCAACUAAUUCUCAACAUUUCAAGCGCCUCUGUUGUCUUUACACUGUUCCCUUUUCCGGCUUUAUUUCUCUUGCUUCCUGGCUCUGCAUAUUUUUUUUCCUUCCUUGGUCCUCUGUACUUUCAGUGAUGCAAGAUACCAGAGGGGACUAAAGAAAACUCAGUGGGUUCAUGAGCUUGGUAUCUUGAGCAGUAGGGAAGCUUUCUGUAUGCUGGCUGGAGCAGUGAGUGAUGGGUUGUGCUCACUGUCUCAGUCAUAUCACGUUGCUGCUUCUGGGCAGAGUUGUGGCUGGAAUCAAUUUCAAGACACCAGGUAGCAAGUUCAGAAAAAACUUCCUCUGGUGGGAGCCCGGGAAACUCAAAUGACAGAAAAAGGGAGAGCAGUUCACCCACACAAGAUACAUCCUGCAAGUUCAGGUCCUAGUUUGCUACUUAGUGCCAUGACUUUCAGAUGGUGAGAAUGAAAGAGGAGUUUUUAAAAAGGCCAGAACCCAGGGAGCACCUGGACCACAAAAAUUAAAACACUGAGAUGCUUUUGGAAAAGAUAAACCUACAAAAGUAAUCUAAAAUGCUGGGUGUGUGUGUAUGUUUUAAUUCUUUGUAUACUUUUUCAAUAUAUUUGUCUUCUCUUUUGGAGGCCACUUGCUAGUAAAAUUGAAAAGGGUGAUAGAAGGAGUUGAAGGACAGCUAUUCCUGGAUUAUGCUUAUGAAUAAGGGAAGCUAUUUUUUCCUGAAAGACUGGCAUUUGUGCUUUGUCUGCCCUUGGGGCAGUUUUCCUUGGAACAAUAACCAUCUUAUGGUUUUUUAAUUGCAUGAAUAUUUACUGUGGUAUUCAGUUAAAACAAAUAUAAUUUUUGUAGCAAAUUCCACAGCAUGUUUACCCACUGAGUCAUAGUUUUUUUCACCACAGUGAAGUGAAGCAUACCCCAUUGUAUUCCCAUGCUUCUUGUUAAAUCAUUUGUAAACUAAGGAUGGAGAAAUUCCCAAACAAGAGGCAGUAGUGGGAAGUUGCUGGAGACUGACAAAUAGUCUGAACAUGUUAUCAACUUCCUAGACAUCUCCUCCACCGUUCCUGAAUCAUUUGAGGCAUGUUGCUAAGGUACAGUAGGAAGCGAGCAGAUGGGGGGGCUGAGGCAAUGUGGUCUGCAGGAAAGCAAAUUGUAUUAACUGAGAACACACUUGGAUCUCUUUUUUUGUGUAGUUAUAAAGGAAGAACCACAAGUGCUAAUAUCCAUAGGUACUCCUCAAUGUGUAUCUCUCUUCAUCUCAGUGGUUAAUGAGGAGGAAACCUCCUGGCAGCUACCAGAAUACAUCUGUUGCUUUGUGGGCAAAUCGUGUUGUGAUGACACGAAGUAUCAUGAGGCAGAAAGCAAUGACAAGUGAAUAUAAUGUAUGUGAAAAGAGCACAUCCCAAAGGAAACCUUUAGCCAGCCAAGCAGCAGGUGCUGCUUUUAUGGGUGUGUGCUGUCCCAAAGGGUUCUCCUGGUGUUUCCCCUUUGUUUUCUUCAUUCAUUCCUAUGCACCAUCAUUUAAGCCUGACCCAGGUGAUAAGGCUUUAAGGAUGUACACAUUGCAGUGUGGAAUCUCUGUUUCUGCCUUCCCUGGGUGCUUUUAAAAUAUCUGAUAAAGCAUCUUGCAUUUUAAAAUUACUUUACAUGAAACAAAGAUGAUGUGCCAAAAAGUGACCCUGCAGUAUUUAACUGUGACCCUCUAGAAGGAAGCCAUACUCUGUUAAAAACCUGUGCAGCUGUGGGAGCUGUCAUACAAAGCUGGAACAGAAUCCCCACAACUGUCCAUGCACCUCCUGGGGACUGGCCCCCAUCCGUGUUGUUCAGUCCCUCUUCCCUCUUCACCCUGGGGAGCCAGAGCAUCCAAAUACACUGGGACAGUGUUAGGCUGUGGGAUUUCUAUUAAAUUUCUCUCUCAACACCAAGCAAUUUUGCCUUCUAUUGCCUCUUUUCUCCUACCUGAGUCUUCUGUAACUCCUGCCUCUUUGCUGUUCAUUCCAAAGUAUCCCAACCCAUGGUGGACUAUCCUAAACUAACUGUCCCCUUAAGUAGGUGGCAGGAGGAAGGAGAAACUGAGGGGUCCAAUUUGGCUCUGAGUGACUUCUUUUGAGCAGGAUAACUGUCAACAGGAGCCAUAGUUUCAGAGAGUGACAAGGGUGGUUCCUCUUCUUUAAGGUUACCCCAGAAAAGAGAAACACUUGUGGUGGUCAUUGCUGGUAUCUUGUGUCCCUGAAAGCUAUAGAAUAGAUGACAAUUAAUUCCUCUGGCUCUUCAAGGGAAGGAGAGAAGGAGCUGGGAGCGUAGAGCCAAGAAACAUCUCUGUUGACAGAGAGGUUGGUCUUUCACUUACUGCCAUUUAGAUUUCCUGCCUUCGAGGCUGCAUUUUGGUAUACAGGAGGAGCAAGGGAGUGGCUGGGGGACCUGAAUUCCCUCAGGUGGUGAUUGCAAGUCUAGCUUCAGGCACAGAACUUAGGUGCUUUUUCUCUGUUGGUUUCAGUAGGUGUCAUAGCUUCCUAGCAUAGACUCUCUAAAUUACAUCUUAGCCUGAUACCAAAAGUCACCUAAACUGGUUAGUGAGAUUGCCUUCACCUCUCUGCUGUUAGCAUUAUUCUUUAUUCUGGUGUUAUAAAGCAAAAACGUUAAGAGCACUUCAGUUUGUGCAUUUGCAGUAUGGUACUAAGAACUAAAAUAAUGUCAAAUGCUUUUUGGUCUUGCUGUUUGCUAUUUUUUUGUUGCCCAAAUGAAGAAUUCAGUUGUGAGGACACUUCUGCUGGGAUACGUAUGCAUCAGUGGGCAUCCGGUACAUCUUGUCACCAGAACAUUUCUCAGAUGCCUGAUUUGAAUCAUCAUCCUUGAUUAAUAUAAAUAAUAAAAUAAAAUCCCAAACCAAAAAAGGAGAUGAGACACUGAAGACUAAUAGCUGCCCUCAUGAAACACUUGAUAACAGCUGUCAGGCUAUGUGACAUGGCAGGCCAGUGCAGAAGUUCUCAUGGUUAAAAGCUCAACAAUGGGGCUUGAAUUACUCAAAGGUUGUUUUCUUUGCCUUUGAGGAAGCAGUUUAGCUCAGUCCAAAUGAAAAAGCUACAAUGUGCAUUGUAGAUUUUUCAUGGAUGUUAUCUUUGCUAAAACUUCAGAGAGCUGUGAUAUGUGGGUCUCUUCACCAGAAUGUGAAAACAGUGUCUCUCUCUACUAUGAAAAUGUGAAUGCAUACUGUACCUUAUAAGAUAAACUUGAAUUCUUCCAUUUCUGCAUUUUUGUAUUUUCCAUGCUAUAAUAUAUUCCUUUUCAGUCUUAAAUAGAUACCACUGUAUGAAGCUAUGCUCUGAUUUUUUUUGUGAUUUCCAUGUGAUAGGUACGGAGCUCAUAGGCAACACUAUGUCCAGUUUUAAAAACUUAAAGUCAGUGCACAGAAUGUUGUUUGUUCACAGCAAAUCGGGGAUGAAAAAUGGAAAUAAGCUUUUGAUUUCAUUCAGCUUCUUAUACAUUAUAUCAAUUAAUUACUUUGAUAGAAAACAUCACAUGAAACCAUUUGGGGAAAAUAAUUUACUAUUUAAGAUUAUCUAUUUUUGCUUUUAUCAAUAAGGAAGCUGAAAAGAUAAGACUGCUUAAAGUAUGGUAUUUGUUAAGUGAUGGUGAACAAAGUAUCAUUGGACCUUACAGGUAUUUUCAGAAAAGUUUUAGCUGGUCGUAUGAUGUAACUUGUAUAGAGUUGCAUGUGAAUCGUGUUAGUCACUGUUCUACAUAGUAUUGUUCUGCAGUACACAAAUAUGACUACUGAACACUUAAAAUCUUAAAAUCUUGUUGCAGUAUACAGUUCCCCACUUUUUGUGCCAAAACCAUCAACACAUUCCAUAAUCAGUUCUAAUAGAGGUUUGCACUUUGAUUUAUUUUUUUUGACUCUUGCAGUUUCAAUACUGUAAAUCCCCAUCACGAAGGAAUAAAGUGUCAGUUGUACUGUGA